GCUGCCUCACGUCCACUGUCGGACCUUCCCAGUGUGACACCCAGCGGAAGUAAACAACACUACUAGUAGCGUUAUGAGCUGCAUGCUGCUUUGUUCAGUCAGCUGAAGACGAUGUUGUAGUCGUAGUGCGGGUAACUCUUCACUUGAUGAUCAAACAACAAUGUCUUCAGUUGAGUCUUUGAGAGAGUUUGUUAACGAGCGACUAACUGCUGCUGCUGAAGAAAUACUCAGAGUUUUAGAGAAAACUAUCGUCGAGCAGGAGGAAGAGAUCGAUCGUCAGCGCAGACUGUUGGAUAUCGUGUUGAAACCCGAGAUCAAGUUACACAGGAGAGGUGAGGACUACUACUAUGAUCUUUAUAAAGAGAUCAAGUUACACAGGAGAGAGCUCCCACAGCAACAUGUCUGUAAGGAGGAGGAGGUUCCCGUUGACCAGCAGCUCUGUAUUCAGGAGAGGAACUCCAAUCUGGACCAAGAGGACCCAGAUCCUCCACAGAUUAAAGAGGAACAGGAGGAACUCUGCACCAGUCAGGAGGGAGAGCAGCUUGAACUGAAGCAGGAGACUGAUACCUUUAUGUUGACUCCUACUCAUGAGGAAGGUGACCACAGUGAAGAUCACACUCUUUACUUGAAUGCUGCAGAGAAAGAGUCUGUUGUCAACAUGCCAGUUAUAAGCUCUGUGGUAUCGGUAGCAAACAGUGACCACCAGCUCUUCUCUCACAUCUCUCAUGAAGCUGAGAGCCAAGAUCAGAAAGGAGACGAGCGUGGAGACUCAGGAUCUAGAACUAGAGAUGCAGAGCCAAAAUCACAGAAAAGACUUCACAAAAGCAGAAGUCACAGUAACAAUGUAAACAACUCUAACUUGUUAGAGAUUCACCGUACCACUAACACAGGUAAACAGUCUUUCAGCUGUGACACAUGUGGGAAGGAUUUUAAGGUUAAGUUCAAAUUGCAGAUACACAUGAGAACCCAUACUGGUGAGAAGCCAUAUUCUUGCAAAACAUGUGGGAAAAAAUUCAGUCAGACUUCAUCAUUGAAGACUCAUAUGGGAACCCACACAGGUGAGAAGCCAUAUUCUUGCAUAACAUGUGGAAAAGAUUUCAUCACUCAGAGUGAAUUGACAGUCCACAUGAGAGUCCACACAGGCGAAAAGCCAUACUCUUGCAAAACAUGUGGGAACAAAUUCAGUCGGACAUCAUCAUUGACAGUCCACAUGAGAACCCACACAGGUGAGAAGCCAUAUUCCUGCAAAACAUGUGGAAAAGAUUUCAUGCGUAAUUCUGAAUUGACAGUCCACAUGAGAACCCACACAGGCGAGAAGCCAUAUUCUUGCAUAACAUGUGGAAAAGAUUUCAUCACUCAGAGAGAAUUGACAGUCCACAUAAGAGUCCACACAGGCGAAAAGCCAUACUCUUGCAAAACAUGUGGGAAAAAAUUCAGUCGGACAUCAAGAUUGACGAGUCAUAUAAGAACCCACACUGGUGAGAAGCCGUAUUCCUGCAAAACAUGUGGAAAAGAUUUCAUGCGUAGUGGUGAUUUGACAGUCCACAUGAGAAUGCACACAGGUGAGUAGCCGUUUACCUGUAAAACGUGGGAAAGGUUUCGUAGGUAGUAGUAACUUGUUGGUCCACAUGAGAAGAUUCCACACUGGUGAGAAGCCGUAACUUUGUUGAGACCUGUGGGAAAAGAUUCCUUUGCUAACAUAACAUUACUUUAUUAUUUUUAUUUCAUAAUAGAUCAUUUUUUAUUAAAGAAAAUUGCAUCACUUUUGUAAUGAAAUAAUUGUUUACAUGUAUGAGUUAUUAUUUGAUAGUUCUGCAUGAAGCCUCUUACACAUCUUUGCAAGAAGUCAGAUUUUAUAUUUGAGAAUGACUGAUCUCACUGUUUUAUAUUACUAUAUAAAAAAUCCUGUUAAAUGUUGACAUGUCUUUUUUUUUUUUUGCUAUUUGUAUACACUACCUCACUUAUAUGUUUGGCCAAAUUUUUGGGGCAUUUUUCAUUAAUAAAUGACAAUAAAACAAUGUGAAUUCUUC